AUGUCGAGAAACCCUAACAACAGCAUGCUUCCUGAUGAUGAGAACCAGAAUCAGACCGGAAAUCAGGGUCAAAACCCAGGCCAAUAUCCCAAUCAGUAUUCGAUACACGGAAAUUCGUGGGAUCCAAGCUUGAGCAAUACAGUUCCCAUUGAGCCUGUUCAGGGUUCUAACGGACAGAACGCUGGCUUGAACCCUGGGGGGCAACAACCUCCGAUGCCCCAAGUACAGCAUGCGAACCAGCCGAGCCCUUCUCAGCCGGAGGACUUGAACUGUGAGACGCGAGAUAUACCUAAGAUAUCCCAUGGUAUUCUCGACGAGAUAUUCAAGCGCCCUGCUCCUAAUCCUCAGGCACAGGCACAGGCUUGUGAUUCGGCUCUGUGUCGGCUUCGGCAUCUGCUACAGAGGUACACAGAUAAUGUGGCAAGGAUUCCACCCGGCAACGAUUCUUCUCUUGACGUUCCAAAUCUAUUUCCAAUUGAAGAUCCUGGCUCAACUGACCUUGACCCGAAUAAUACGGGGAACGUUGAUUAUACGCCUGCGGAACCUGCGCCUGUUGAAAGUCAACAUGAGCCUCAUUCCACUGCAGUUCAUCACAAUGUGGUCAACACUCCUCUUGCUCUUCCCUCUGCUCCAACUUUUCAGGCAUCAUUUGGUGGCCCCAGUCCCAAGAAGAGAGGUCGUGCGGCUUCCCCAGAUACCACGGUGCCCGCACCGAAAAGGAUGAGAAAUCUUCAGCCAAGCACUUCUAGCGACGAAGGAGACAACGUCAACAGUUCUGAAAUCCCCGGGUCCGCCCCAAACACAACAUCACCUUCACCAAGGCAGCUCCAGAGAACCAGGAAACGGAAAGCGGAUAUUGAUGAAGAGGAACACGAUGGUGAAAAUGAUCUUGUUUCGGAUCCCAGGCCGCAAAAGAAGCCCAGGGGAGAACCGGCUGCCUCCAAGGCGAAGAGCAAUUAUCUCAAAGAUCUCAAGAAAGAAGAUCAUGAAAAGGUCGUUGCAGGGACAAUUUGCAUCUUUUGUCGUGAAAACCCGCAGAGCAAGGACUGUAACUGGGAACAGGUCAGACAAAGCAACGGCCCCGAAGUAUAUGAUCUAGAAUGCACCAACUGCGCUGAUCACCGCUCUAAAAACAAGGAUAACCCAGAGCUGGCCGGCCAUAAGUGCCUGGUUCAAGGUCCUAAAACGCUGAUCCACUUCGAGCACAAAAGGUACGGCGUUGGCGAUCCUCAAGGGUAUGAGAAGACGGCUUGCGACGCAUGUGCCAGGAAGAAACAGGGAGGAAUAUGCGAUGUCGAUACGAUACUAGGCUACUAUUGCCUCAAUUGUCGAAGACAGGGGGAGUGCAAGGUUGGCCUAUCUGAAACGAUGCCCCUGAGACGGCCAAAGAAGCUCACACGUCGACCGUGGUACCGACAUCCAUGCGAUCGUUGUUUCUUGCGUCACAAGAACGGUGACGUGAAGGGAGACGAUUGCUGCAGCUGGAUUAGAGACAGGGGAGAGUGGGAGGAAAGUCAAGCCUGCAAACAAUGUCAAAGAGAUGGGACAAUAUGUUUGGACCAUGGAGAGCUCAUGAACGGUUUUUCUUUCAAUGAAAAGAACACUCCCCGAAGCUGGAAGAUACGCCCCGAGUUCGAGGCGGACAAAGAGAAUACAAAGGGGGACAAAGAAAAAUGGCAUGAAUAUGCGGAAGUGCUGCCCAACACAGCUUGGAGAAAGCCGUGUCAAGGAUGCAAGACAGCUGGGAAGAUUACUGACUGUCUGGUCAUGUGGCACCAGCCAUACAACGCGUGUGAGCGCUGUACGCAGCUUGGUAUCGACUGUAUGGUCGAGGAAGAAAAGGGUCGUUUUCGACAGCAUCCAAUCUUCGAUUUGAGCAGGUUUGGAUGUAUUGACCGCCGCAAGUUAACCAACAGGGAAAACAAAGAGACCUAUAGUCCUGGUCCUUUGUACUACCUGGCCUUGGGAUAUGGCGCUGGAGGUGUCAACGAUCUCAAGGAUGGUCAAAAGCUCGAACACUGGAUUGGUCCUGCAGCUCCUAUGUACGGCCUGACCGACGCCAAGGGUGGUCCAGAGCAAUAUCGAUUCGUAGCCGCAUCUCAUCAACAUCAUCGCCCGCCUGAGGGUAUUGCCCUCCCUCCCAUUCCAUCGGGUGACAAGCAACUGAAGGACACAUCUGCCUCUGAUUUGCGCUGGUUGGUAGCUCAGUUUUGGCUCAAUCAACAACCCCAGGUCCCAAAGAACGAUCUCCAAGGGUACCAAAAAGUUUGGGAUCUCCUGCGCGACCAUCAGAAUCUCCAGAUGAAGCAGGCCGGUAUGGAACACAACCUGCCACCGCCGAUAUCUGGCGUGCGCUGCUUCCAGGGAGGUCCUGUGCUCUCUGACAUUUGGGGAACGCAAGAUCCUAUGCUUCCGAGUGCUCUUGGAAAUGCGAAUGACACACAAUCGCAGGGGUUCUCACCAUCGCUGACAUACCAACCGUCAAAUCAAUAUGGAAACGGAUACAAUCCUCAACAAAAUGUAUCGGCACCACAAACGCAGCUACAUCAACCUUCAGCGGCACAACAACCACUUGACUUUACGUACUACCUGAAUGAGUCAGGCCAAGAUCCAGCAGCAUUCGGACAAGGCGGAGGCUUUGAUCAACAGCAACUACAUACCCUCACACGGAAUUCACAGCUAGCUGGUCAGCCAAUGCAUGGUGGCCCCGACCAAGAGCCGUUUGACUAUACACAUGGGGAACUUCAAAUGGCACAAGGUCACGUUCCGCCAACUCCGCAAGGUUGGGGCAACUUGAAUCAAGAGCAACUAGAUCCCCAUUCACAAACGGGACUGCCUCAAGAUCAAACAGGUGACCAACAAAACAGUCAAUCGGGGGACACCGAAAACUGGUAUGAGAUGCUGGCUCCACUUGUGCAAGGAACCGCAGACGAUGAAAGUGGUGAACGUCCGCCCUAUGCUAACAGUGCCAUCCUGGCCAAGGACACCGAAAAUGACCAACAAGAGCCACACCGUGGUCCGCAGGCUCCAGAUCAGUCUCCAGAAGGAAGCAACGAAUCCCAGGAUGAGUUCUCAAGCUUGGUAGAUUGGGAAGGCGGGCAGACACAUAGGCGUUCCCAAGCGAGUCGCGGGGAGCGCUGGCUCAAGCCUCAAACCUCUAGAGGCAGCAAAAAGCCAUCCCAAGAGAGAACGGCUGGCGGAAACCGGGUGCCCAAGAAGGCAAACGGUCGAGAUGCUUUCAAUCCUUUCCUUGGUUUUACAUUCGGUCCGGACCAGAAACCUCGGUUCACGGAGAAGCCAAAGGGCUCACGCUGGAAGGUCUUCAAUCAUCUCGAGGGUAUUGACAUGAGCGAAUGGCAUGAGUCAAAGUCUAAAGAGCCUGAAGAGGAGUCUCAGGUUCGCCUCUUUUCCAUUGUCAAUGGUCAAACAAACCAACCAACACCUGUGCGUAAUGUUCUUGGUGACGUGCCUCGCGAAGACAAGGUUAUAAGGACAAAGCGUUAUUGUGCUGAACCGGGAGAGGGCGGAUGGGGUUCAUGUGCCGCUUGGAACACUGAUGGGCAUGGUCAGGCUACUUGCCAGAGUUCUGCGCAUCACAACACAGCCCUGCCAUACUUCCCCGUGUGCAAUGAUUGUACCCGGGGCAACGUCAAGUAUUUGUUCCAGCAUGAGCACAAUCCCAUAACUGAAAGCGAACUUCUCAGCAUGCGUGCUUAUCUCUGCAAUGAGUGUGCUGGUCAGAUGAGCGCCGGUGCUCCGAACGCGGUCCAGAAUCAAAUUGUCGGCACUAGACGGGUAUAUGGCAUUGCAGCUGAUGAAGCGCAGUCCCAAAACAGACGGAAACUGGUCAAUGGCCUCUCGAAAGCCGUCAACCUCAAGAAGAAUACCGAGGCUCUGACAGGCUGUUCGUGUGCCAACAGAAUGCUAGGAACAUCGCUCUGCCGGUUCCAUAGGUUGUACUAUGCCGAAGAGGUUAUGAAACACGCGGCAUUGAUGCAAGAAUGGCGGCUUUCACGCUUCAAGAAGGCAGUGUGUCCCAGUUGUCUUGCGCAAAAACCCAGUGAGCAGGUCAAUGUUUCGGCCAACGUCGAUGGUUUUGUAACGGGCGCGCCGACGGCAUGGGCUUGUGUCGUUUGCAAUGACUGGGUUGUGAAUGAACAGAACGACGUGAACAACCAGCCAAAGGUGAUUGAUAAGCCGCUGUGGAAUCUAAAUAUCGGGCGCAAGCUUCUCGGUCCGCAUCGAGAGAUAGCCACCGGCAGGGUAGUGAGGGAAGUGGUGUCUGUCUAG